GGGCUAUUCAUAAAAGGUCCGGGGCUAUAGCCCAGGCCUAACGACGCCACUGGUCGUGAUGUUGAGUUGAUGUGCGACAAGUAACAGCAUUCAUCUUAGGAGAAACGCGUGGCGUGCGUUCCACACAGCUGUCAUAGGGGGUAGGAGUCGCGUGGCUGUUCUCCCGCCCCAGUUUCGGGAUGAAAGUGAAGGCCAUUAGUUAAAUACUUUGCAUCCAUUUGUAGCCAGUGGAGCGGUACAUCCUUUUUCAUUUUGUAGCCAUAUACUGUAAACUUGAACACGUGUUUGUUUGCCUUUCGCAGGUGAACGCGUAUUUGUGGUGGGGCUUCUGCCUGCUUCAUUUAAAGCUUGUUAACGUUCAUAUCUUAAAGGGCGUGGCUAAGGGAAAGGUGCUUAUAUUUUGGAGGAAAAGAUGCGGUCUUCAGUAGACGGUUAUCUUCAUUACAAACUCACCCUCACCAAGCUGCAGUUCAACCACGAUGCUGACUUUGAUCCCGCGGAUAAACGUCUGGUUGUUCUUGACGAGCAUUGGCUCCACUUCUGCAGAAAAACUCUUCCACAGUCGGGAUCGUUCUGAUGUUAAGAUUUCCUACUCUCAUCAAGCAGAACUCGUUACAGACAAGAAUAGUGCCGAGAUUUUCCUCUCCAGAUAUGGCUUCGUACAUCCAGUGAACUGGGGGGAGGUCCAGUUUAAAGAGACGCCAGGUGACCCCUAUAAUGAAGACUUCGCUGGCGAGGAGGACCUCCUGUCUUGGAUUCAGGAGGGAGACUCAUCAGUGUCACGUGCCGAGACUGAUAGUGACGCUAAGGUUGUCUCUAUGACUACUGAAAGCCCAGCCUUCAUUUCAGCUCUCAGGGAGUUCCAGGAGAUGUCCGGACUGCCUGUCACGGGUCUGUUUGAUGAUGCCACCAAAGCAGCCAUGAACACGCCCAGAUGUGGGGUACCGGACAAGGAGACAGGAAUGGACACUGCUGACGAUCCACAGGACAAUGUCUCUAGCUCAGCACCUGAAAUGGAUGCCACUGAUAAACCUCACAACCACUUGACUAGCUCAGCGCCUAAAAUAGGUGCUACUCGUGAUCCACACAUUAGCACCUCUAGCUCAGCACCUGAAAUGGAUGCAAUUGAUAAUCCACAUUACAAUUUAACCAGCUCAUCACCUGGAAUGCGUGCACUUGACGAUCCUCAAGUCCCUGGCUCAGCACCUGAAAUGGAUGCCAACGGUCAUCCACAUAACCACAUUAAUAUUUCUGUCCCUGAAAUGGAUGCAAUUGAUAAUCCCGGCAACAGAACAACUGGCUCAAUGCGUGUUAACAGCUCUGCCACCGUGCAAAACAGUGACAAAGAAAUCUUACUCAGUGGUACUGUCGGUGCUUUAAAUGGCUCAAUCACCAGCAACCAUGUAGGGAAAAAUAACACUGUUAAUAAGGCUUUUAUAGGUCUGGGUGGAAGCAACAUGGAAGACAAUACACUCAGGCAGACUGCUAAUGACACUGAUGGUUACAUGGAAGACAACACACUCCGGCAGACUGCUAAUGACACUGAUGGUUACAUGGAAGACAACACACUCAGGCAGACUGCUAAUACCACUGAUGGAUAUGUGGAAGACAACACAUUUAAUAUGACUUUAAAUGGCACUGAUGGAAGCCUCACCGAUGAUGAUAAAAACACAUUCAGAGAGAUUCUCACUGGUGCUUUCACAGACUAUAACCUCACAUCUUUUGAAACUUCUAAUGGCAGUGACAUUAACUACACUGACAGUAACAACACUGACAUUAAUUACACUGACAUUCACUACACUGACAGUAACCACACUUACAUUAACUACACUGACAGUAACUACACUGACAGUAACUACACUGACAGUAACUACACUGACAGGGACACAGAUUAUUAUGAUGCAUUUGGUAACAAUGUUAGCAUCACUGCUGUGAACAACUCGGACCAUAACAACGACAAACACAUUCACAAAGUCAACGACCCCGCUGACACUAAGAGAUCCCAUCAGCAUCAGAGCCUUCCUCCUCAUUCUCCUGCCGUCGUCCGUAAGAAACGCCACCUGGCCUCCCUGCUGUCCAAGCGGAGACAGCGGAGAGAGGUCAGAGGUCAGGAAUGGGGACACAUGGCCUUCUCCAAGACUGUGUUAAAGUGGAGGCUGAUAGGAGAGGGCUACAGCAGUCAGCUGACCAUAGAAGACCAGAGGCAGAUCUUCGGGGUGGCCUUUCGGAUGUGGAGCGAGGUGACUCCGCUGGAGUUUGUGGAGGACACACGCUCACCCCUGGAAGACGUAGACAUCCGGCUAGGCUUUGGCACAGGGAGACAUUUGGGCUGCAACCAGAAGUUUGAUGGUACGGGGAGAGAAUUUGCCCACGCGUGGUUCCUCGGAGACAUUCACUUUGAUGACGACGAACAUUUCACUGCGCCCAACACUGGCAGCGGUAUCAGCCUUCUCAAAGUGGCAGUGCAUGAGAUAGGCCAUGUUCUGGGUCUACCACACAUCUACAGGACCGGCUCCAUAAUGCAGCCCAGCUACCUGCCACAGGAAUCAGGCUUUGAAAUGGACUGGACAGACCGGAAAGCAAUACAGCACCUUUAUGGUGGCUGUAGCGGUCGGUUCAACACGGUGUUCGACUGGAUCAGGAAGGAGAGGACCCAGCACGGGGAGGCGGUGGUUCGUUUCAACACCUACUUCAUGAGGGACGGCUGGUACUGGCUUUACGAGAACAGAAACAACCGCACGCGUUACGGGGACCCGGUGGCGCUGCAGGUCGGCUGGCACGGGAUCCCCACGGACGGAGUGGACGCCUGCGUUCACGUGUGGAACCGGAAAGCAGACACGGACGCUGUUUACUUCUUUAAAGGGACCCAGUACUGGAGAUAUGACAAUGACAAUGACCGGGUGUUCACAGUCGACCCUGAGGGACAUCACUACCCUAGACCAAUCUCUGAGGGCUUCCCUGGGAUCCCCAGUCCCAUUGACACCGUCUUCUAUGACCGCAGGGACUCACACAUGUACUUCUUCAGGGGUACUAAUGUGUACGCGUUCAGCGUGGCAGCUAACCGGUUGUCUCGAGGCUUCCCCAGGAAGAUCACGGCGGUGUUCCCCGCGCUGACGUCUGGUGACCACCCGGGCGGCAACAUAGACGCCGCCUACUUUUCCUACACUCACAACGCUGUCUUCCUGUUCAAGGACACACGUUUCUGGAGGGUUGUAGGGGGUAGAGACCGGCAGAGGAGGCCGUUUCAACCACGCAAUGGCCUAAUGCCUCAUAGGGAGGUGGAGGAACAAUGGUUUGAUAUUUGUAAUGUUCACCCCUCGGCCUUAAAGGUCGCCCGCCGCUGAGCUAGCUGGUUAGAGGGCACUGGGGUUGACGGUGAAGUGAGAUCUAUUUGGCAUCCACUCGAGGACAAUAUUUUAAUUCCAAAGAUUUCUUACACAACUUGACUCCAAAGAUUUGUUAACAAACUGUUUAUUCUGCACAAUUUUGCACAUGUGUGGACAAAAUGUAGUUGUAAAGUGGAUUAAUUUUUAUUAAGCUAGAUUUACGACAGAUUGGAAUGCAAUUGUUUGUGUUGUAUGUCAUUUUAAUAUUUAUUUAUAAUUAGUGAUAUUUAUUGUAUUAUUUAACCUUUUACUAAAUAGGGGGAAAUAACGUAGAAAUAAAAUGUUAUUAAGCUAUGAGAAACAUCCUGUUUAUAAAGUCGAUACGUUGUAGGUUACAGUAUGCACUCGCAACAACUGUUAAGUCGUUCUGGAAAAUUGUU